AUGGCUCAAGAGGAUAUUAGCUAUCUAGAACAUUUAAAAAUCUAUUUAGACGAAUUAGAAACAUUGAUAUUAAAUGCUGAACAGGAUUUAAAUUUAUCAUCUCAUCUGUUCUUGGAAAAAGGAAAGGUACAAACGUUGAUCAAAUUAAUUGAUAGUAAGUUGCAAUGUUUUAUGUUUAAGAAUGAAAAAAAGAAAUUGUUUCUGUGUUUAGGUGGCUGGCUUAACAUAGAUUAAUGGCAUCAAAACAUUUUGAUAAGAAAUUUUUUUAUAAAGUAGUUUAUGUACUAAAAUAAAAGAAUUAAUGUUAAUGUAUUUCAUGAGAAACUCACGUAAUAAGAGCGCAAUAUAGAUGCCGAUGAUUUUGUUUGGGUAAACACUUCCUGGCUGACUUUUAGGGUACUGGUUUCUAUCAGCCUGUAGAAUUAUGUAGAUGUUUAUUUCAGGCAGACACGAUUAUUCAUUUUAGGAAAAUGCCAGAUAAAAGAUUAAGCGUUAGUUGUGUACUGUGUUACUUGUAUGAAAAUUAUAUAUUUCACAUUUUAUAAAUAUAAGACUGUUCUGCUCUAAUUUAGUUCACUUGUUCUAACAGUCUGUAUUUUUAAUUUUUUUUUAAAAAUGACAUACAGUAUAUGUAUAAUGACAAAUGGACCCAUUCAAGAAUUUCACAUCGACAAUGAUCAAGUGGAAAUAGUCAAAGAGUUCAUUUUCUUGGGCUCUAGUAUAAACACCGAUGGUAACUGCAGUAAUGAAAUUAAAAGAAGAC